CUGGCUGUGGAGGCGGGUUGUUUUUUUCAUUCAAAUCCUGCUGCUCCUAUAAAAAGCACAAGUCUGAUAGGCAGAGGCUGAAAACAGAUGGGAAAAGGUGACUGAUACCAUUGUCUCUAUCUGCCUCCCUGUCUUGCCGGCCGGAUAUAAUCGGCAGGGCGAGAUGCAGGAGACUGCAGGUGUCCUGACGGUGCGGGCCCUGAAACACGCAGCCCUCUGUCUGGUUUUGCUGCCCCGUUUCCUCCUGGCAGCGCUGAUGCUGUGGCUCCUGGACUUCCUGUGCAUCAGGAGAAAGGUGCUGCUGAAGAUGAGGGAGCAGGGCAGCAGCCGCGACGACCCGCCCGUCUGCGUCUCCGACUCCAACAAGAUGUUCACCCUGGAGUCGCUCAGAGCCGUGUGGUAUGGACAGAAAUUAGACUUUUUCAAAUCAGCGCACCUUGGAUUUAUCGCGCCCAACACAGAGGUGGUGCAGCUGAAGGACCGGCGCAGGGUCAGAGUCCUGGACUAUGUGAAAGGGAGGAGACCUCUCAUCCUCAACUUCGGCAGUUGCUCCUGACCACCGUUUAUGACGCGCUUGGCCGCGUUUCAGCGCGUCGCGAGCCAGUACGCGGACAUCGCUGACUCUCUGCUUGUAUACAUCGAGGAGGCGCAUCCCUCGGACGGCUGGGUGAGCUCCGAUGCGCCGUACCAGAUACCCAAGCACUGUUGUCUAGAGGACAGACUGAAAGCCGCUCAGCUGAUGCACUCUGAGGUGCCCUGCAGCAACGUGGUGGUGGAUAAUAUGGACAACUCGUCAAACGCGGCGUAUGGAGCCUAUUUUGAGAGACUUUAUAUCCUGAGGGAUGAGCGGGUCGUGUAUCAGGGGGCCAGAGGACCAGAGGGCUACCGGAUAUCAGAGUUGAGGAACUGGCUCGCGCAAUACCGGAACGAUUUGGAGAAUUCCAGAACAGUGGUGGUCCACGUUUAACUUAAAGACAACCAUUACCUGCGGCGCGGAAAGUGUCCACACAUCAAAUAAGUACUCAGAUGCUGCUACAAACACUUGACACACUGCACAUAUGCCUCUACAUGUUGUUUUGGUUCAGAAGCGUUAUAACAGGACGCAGACAGACAUUGUACAUGUUUAUUAUGAUGUAAAACGCAUGAUAGGCUUUUCAGUUCGGCUGUCUUGUUCCUCAUUUUUUGUUUGGUUCUUUGUUUUUGUAAGGAUAUGUCCUGUUGAUUUGAACCUCUGCAACAUUUUGACUUAUUUCAGUUUGAGCAUCAUUUGAUUAUGAUCACUUUAUUUUUCUAUGGCUCUACCUUGAAGGUGUGUGUGUGUGUGUGUGUGUGUGUGUGUGUGUGUGUGUGUGUGUGGUGUGUGUCUGAAAGGCUAAUACCUUUUACUCUAGUGUUGUUGUGAAGUUCAGUUUUUAAAUGGUUUUAAACCAGAAAACUGAUACUGAUGUUAUUUGAUACUAGAGUACUUGGCAACUGGCAAUGUCCUCAACAAAAUGUUCUGUAAAUUGUGUAUAUUUUACUGAACAAAUAUUUUUAAUAAAAUGUUAGAACACAUUGA